UAAUACGUUUAACUACCAAGUGUUUUGCUUGAAGCUUCCGCAAUCUAUAAUACCUAGUCUAUGUCUAAGCUUGAUUAAAAUUUUAAAUAUGCAACAUGCAUAUCGUCGAGUUAACUCUGAUUCUGAUGAAAGUUUGGAUUGUUUUCCAAGAAAAAAAACUAAAAUAUCAGAUAUAAAUGGACAAUCAUUUAAUAAAGACAUUUCAAUUGACGAAGGUAAUCAAAAUUAUGAUGAAAUGGAAUGGGAAAAUUAUUUURAUCACAAAAGCCAAAAUUUUAAUAAUAAUCAGAAUAUAUCUUCUGCAGUAUCUGAUGAUGAUGAUGAUUAUAAUGUUAAUAACUAUGAAGAUAGUGAAAUUGAAGAUUAUAUACCUAUUUUAGAUAGCGUGUUUGAAUUAGAAAAGUGUGUGAAAAAUGAAACAAAUUCUAAUACUAGCGGUAAUGAAAAAACUGAAGGUGAGUCUGUCAAAGAUUUUGGUGGUGGUGCCAAUGAUUAUAUCAAUGAUGAAGAAAGAAUGCCUAAAACUAAUAAAUGCAUAGGUAUAGAUAAUGAUGAACUAUAUGAUUUAUUGGAUGAAUCAUAUAGAGACAAAAAUAAAACCCACAAUAAACACGAUAAGAUAACUGUUACUCAAGACGACUUUAAAGAAUUUGAAAAAACUAUAUUAGAGGAAGUAUGUAAAAAUCAUUUUGACAUUUUGCCUGAAAAUUGGAUUGAAACAAUUCAUAAAAGUGGCAUGCCUAUUUAUUUACACAAGAAAAGUAGAAUUGUAACAUUAUCAAGACCUUAUUUUUUGGGACCAGGAGAUCCUAAAUCACAUUUAGCUCCAUUGUCAGCAAUUAGUUGUUUACAAUAUCAAAAAGGUCUUCAGAAUAAAGAAAUUAUUAAAAAUGAAUCUGAUUUUCAGGUUAGUAAGUUUGGAGAUAUGAUUAUACCAAAUGCCAAAGUGGAGACUGCAMAAGAAAAUAUAAUUAAAGAAUCUUUAACACAUGCGGAAUUAUGGAAAUAUUGUCAAUCACUAUUUAAAUUAAAAUUUAAAGAAGUUAAAUCUCCUAGUAAUUCACCAGAAGAAAAAAAUAUGAAAACAGAAAUUUCAAGAGGUACACUACAAAACACCAAAGAAAGACCUUCGCUUCCAGAUAGUACUAAAUUGAUAUCAUUUCCAGUUCAAACUGAGGACGAAAAUAAACGAUAUAAUCGUCGUCGAGAAUGGAUGAUGAAUCCAAAUGGUAAAAGUUAUGUAAGCAUAUUACAUGAAUAUUUACAACAAGCAUUGAAAACCCAACCUUGGUAUGAGUUUAAAGAACUUGAAAAUAAUGAAACCUCUUAUUCCGCAACUGUUGUGCUUAAUGAUGUUAAAUAUGGUGUUGGUUUGGGUAAUAGUAAAAAACAAGCAAAACUUAAUGCUGCACAAGCCACUCUAGAUAUACUCAUACCUGAUAUGAAAAAUAAAAUAGAUUCAAAUAUCAAAAACCAAUGUGAUCCAGUAAUAUUUGACCAAAUUAAAGUCACCGAUCCCAGAGUUAUAGAAUUAUGUGCUAAAACCACAGAACCUAGCCCAUAUGCUAUGUUAUUAGUGUGCUUGCAAAGAAAUUUUGGUGAAUGUGAAAUAGGUAUUGAGUAUAAAUUAAACAAUCGUCGUAGGAUGUUAAACCAAUGCACAAUGACGGUUGGUAAACACACAGCUUCUGUUGCUUGUAAAAAUAAAAGAGAUGGCAAACAAAAGGCUUCUCAAAUAAUACUGGGCUUAUUACAUCCGCAUAUUGAUAACUGGGGUUCAUUAUUACGGCUUUACGGUAACAGGAGCAUUAAAAAUGCUAAAGAAAAAAAACAAGAAGAGCAAGAAAUCACUCAACUCCAGAGUAAAGCUGCUGUAAAUCAACCAAAUUUUGCUAUUCUAGAUAAACUCAAAAAAGAAAUGUUAAAAAUUAGAGACCAAAGAAAAUUAAAAGAAACUAAUGAAAUGUUAGGAUUAUCUCAGACUAUGUUUGCUACUAAAUGUCCAUAUACUAUAGAAAUUCCAUCAUCAUUCACAAGUCCUAACUAAUAAAUAAUUUUUACUUUUCUAUAUUUAAUGAGUCUCUAUUCUAUUGA